AUGAAGCUCGUGGUCGCACAACUUUUCACAAUCUUUCUUCUCAUCACAUCUUCAUUUUUCAUGCUUUCCAGCGCUGAUUCGUCAUGCGGUAGCAAGUGCAACGUGAGGUGUUCAAAGGCGAACGCAAAUGAAGCAUGCCUCAAGUAUUGCAACAUUUGCUGCGAGAAGUGUAACUGUGUUCCUUCAGGCACUUAUGGUAACAAAGAUGAAUGUCCUUGCUACCGAGACAUGACAAACUCCAAAGGUGGAUCCAAGUGUCCUUGA